AUGUGGUCACCACUCGCCAGCGCAUCGCUGGUCUUUCUCCUGCUAUACCUUUGCCUCUUCACCGUCUUGUCGACACUCUUCUUCCAGCGAAAGGUUGUCUGGAAGUCGCGCUGGCUGGUGCUGCUGCUGCACGUCCUCGUGCGUCUGGCAUCGCAGGCAUGUGGUCUUUCGUUUGGCAUCAUCGGCUAUCGGAACAUUGACCUGCUCGUCGCCUACUACGUGCUGGGCGCCGAAGGCUAUUUCACGCUGGUCGUGUGCACUUCGCGGUUCCUCAUCGCCUGGCAACGCAACCACUGGGGCUUCUCGUGGCUGGAACCCACAGAUCCAGCCCAGGAACGUGCUGGCUGGCGCAAGCGCUGCCAGCGCCUGUUCCGCUGGAGGUCGAGCAGCAACGACGGCCGCCCAUCGUCGAACAAGUGGAUGGUGCUCGUGGACUGGCUGCUGGUGGGUGCCAACGCCAUCAUUAUUUCGGGAGGCUCUCUCAGCUCGGCAGCCUACACGGACAGCGAUCUGACGCCGAGCCAGGUCGAGUCCAGGCUGCACGCGGCUAGGGGCAUGAGGGCGGCAGGGCAGGCCGUGUUCCUGGCGAUCAACACGGCGUUGCUCGUCUGCAUCGCCGUGACCAUGCACCAGCACCGCCGCCAUCGCUUCGACACAACCGCUCCUCGAAACAGCGAAUCGGUCAACCCAAUCAAGGAGAAGGAUCGACAAGAGCCGCUGGACACAGACUCGUCACCACAAACCCGGAGACCGUGGUUCGCCCACCCGAUCCUGCUGAUGCUGCUCAUCGCCUGGCCGUUCCUCAUCGUGCGCGGUAUCUUUGGCGUGCUUCAAGCGGUCAUUCCUGAUCUCAACUACUUCAACUCGGAGGUCUACGACGCAAAUGGCUUGACCCAACAGUUUGUCACCGAAGAGACGUGCAUGGUCACCAUGAUGGAGUUUAUCAGUGCGACCAUCUUGACGUCGACCUACUUUGCCAGUCGUUCCGAGCCGCAUCGCAGAACAAACUAUUCAAACACCGCCUAG